UGCGUCUAUGUGCUUUCGCUUUGAAGCAGUGAGAGAGUGUGAGUGUCGGGUAAAUAGGCGCUCGUGUGGUGAGGGGGGAUGGGAUGGGGCCACUCCGAGCUCUCGUUCUCCCCUAAUUCAGCGCGCUCAUUAUUCUCACUUUUCUCCUUUAUAUCGAUGCUGUUUUAAAAUAAAAUUCAUCUUUCCCGUUACCGCAUGUGUUACGUGGCAUCAGAAAAGCAAAAGGUAUCGAUCUGCGACUGAACUGUGGUGCAGAGAGCGUUUAAAAUGUAUCCCGUUGGAGCAGCUGGUGCUCCCCUGUCUCCUCCAGCACAAGAGUAUGUCUUCAAACCACCUCAACGGCCAGACUUUGGCACAAUGGGUAGGACAAUCAAACUUCAGGCUAACUUCUUUGAAAUGGAAAUACCCAAGUUGGAGGUGUACCAUUACGACAUAGACAUCAAGCCUGAGAAAUGCCCACGGAGAGUUAACCGUGAAAUCGUUGAGCACAUGGUCCAGCACUUUAAGACGCAGAUCUUUGGAGAUCGAAAGCCUGUGUAUGAUGGAAGGAAGAAUCUCUACACUGCCAUGCCUUUACCCAUUGGAAGAGACAAAGUAGAGCUGGAGGUCACAAUUCCAGGGGAGGGAAAAGACAGGAGCUUUAAAGUAGCUAUAAAAUGGGUGUCCUGUGUGAGUCUGCAAGCUCUACAUGAAGCACUGACUGGACGGCUACCAAACAUCCCCUUUGAGACUAUUCAGGCUCUGGACGUUGUCAUGAGACAUUUGCCCUCUAUGAGGUACACUCCAGUCGGACGUUCUUUCUUCACUCCCUCUGAGGGCUGCUCCAACCCCCUCGGUGGAGGAAGAGAAGUUUGGUUUGGCUUCCAUCAGUCUGUGCGACCAUCCCUCUGGAAGAUGAUGCUCAACAUUGAUGUGUCUGCCACUGCAUUCUAUAAAGCUCAACCUGUGAUUGAGUUCAUGUGUGAGGUUUUGGAUUUUAAAAGCAUCGAAGAGCAACAGAAGCCCUUAACAGAUUCCCAGAGAGUGAAGUUUACCAAGGAAAUCAAAGGUCUGAAGGUUGAAAUCACUCACUGUGGACAGAUGAAGAGAAAAUACAGGGUUUGUAAUGUGACUAGGAGACCAGCCAGCCAUCAAACGUUUCCUUUGCAGCAAGAGAAUGGUCAGACCAUUGAAUGCACUGUUGCCCAGUACUUCAAGGAUAAGUACAAACUGGUGCUGCGAUAUCCACAUCUCCCAUGUUUACAAGUUGGUCAGGAGCAGAAACACACCUACCUUCCGCUGGAGGUCUGUAACAUAGUAGCCGGACAGAGAUGCAUCAAGAAACUGACAGACAAUCAGACCUCCACUAUGAUACGUGCCACAGCCAGGUCUGCGCCUGACCGUCAGGAUGAGAUCAGCAAACUGAUGAGAAGUGCCAACUUCAACACCGAUCCUUAUGUGCGUGAGUUUGGAGUUAUGGUAAGAGACGAGAUGACUGAGGUCAAUGGUCGGGUCCUUCAGGCACCUUCAAUUCUAUAUGGUGGAAGGAACAAAGCAAUAGCAACCCCAGUCCAGGGUGUGUGGGACAUGAGGAACAAGCAGUUCCACACAGGGAUUGAGAUCAAAGUGUGGGCUAUUGCCUGCUUUGCCCCGCAGAGGCAGUGUACAGAACUUCUUCUGAAGGCGUUUACUGACCAGCUUCGUAAGAUAUCACGUGAUGCUGGCAUGCCCAUUCAGGGCCAGCCGUGCUUUUGCAAAUAUGCCCAGGGAGCAGACAGUGUGGAGCCCAUGUUCAAACACCUCAAGUACACUUACCAAGGCUUACAGCUGGUGGUUGUCAUCCUACCUGGGAAGACCCCUGUUUAUGCUGAGGUGAAGCGUGUUGGAGACACUGUUCUUGGCAUGGCCACGCAGUGUGUCCAGGUGAAGAAUGUACAGAAGACCACACCUCAGACCCUUUCCAACCUUUGCCUCAAGAUUAAUGUCAAACUGGGUGGAGUCAACAACAUUCUUCUUCCACAGGGCAGGCCCUUAGUGUUUCAGCAACCAGUCAUCUUUCUGGGUGCAGAUGUGACUCAUCCACCAGCUGGAGAUGGCAAGAAACCUUCAAUUGCUGCUGUUGUUGGCAGUAUGGAUGCCCACCCAAGCCGAUACUGUGCUACGGUGCGGGUGCAGCAGCACCGUCAGGACAUCAUUCAGGAUCUGGCCACCAUGGUGAGAGAGCUGCUGAUCCAGUUCUACAAAUCCACACGCUUUAAACCAACGCGCAUCAUCUACUACAGAGACGGCAUUUCAGAGGGCCAGUUCAACCAGUCUCCUGUUUUGUCUAUGCAGGUUCUACAGCAUGAACUGCUGGCUAUUCGUGAGGCCUGCAUCAAGCUGGAGAAAGAUUAUCAACCAGGCAUCACCUUCGUAGUAGUGCAGAAGAGACACCACACCAGGCUCUUCUGCAUGGACCGGAAUGAGCGGGUUGGAAAGAGUGGCAACAUCCCUGCUGGCACCACAGUUGACACCAAAAUUACUCAUCCAUCCGAGUUUGACUUUUAUCUUUGCAGUCAUGCCGGAAUUCAGGGUACCAGCAGGCCGUCCCACUACCACGUGCUGUGGGACGACAACCAUUUCACCUCUGAUGAGCUGCAGGUCCUCACCUACCAGCUGUGCCACACCUACGUGCGCUGCACUCGCUCGGUCUCCAUUCCUGCACCAGCCUAUUAUGCCCACCUGGUGGCAUUCCGUGCUCGAUACCACUUGGUUGACAAAGAACAUGACAGUGCUGAGGGCAGUCACACAUCAGGUCAGAGUAAUGGCAGAGACCAUCAAGCCCUGGCCAAAGCUGUGCAGAUCCACCAGGACACACUGCGCACCAUGUACUUCGCCUGAACAUUGCCAGAAACAAGCCCCACAUCCUGAAAACAGCACGGUGUGUGUGUGUCUGUGUAUUUUUGUAUGUUUGCCUCAAUUGUAUAAAUGAGAACCUUCAAACGGGGGAAAAGAAACAAGAAUCGCCAUGCUGUUAGGUUUCCAAUUGCCCAUGUAGUCAAUUUCCAAACAUACUAAAUAUCCAUGAUUUUUAGAACUGUAAUAUGUGAAUUUUUUUUUUUCGGUUUGGUUUAGUGGGCAUGGUUAUGUGUCUCUGUUGUACAUGUGCAUGUCAGAUUAGAGGUUAACAUGUUUACAUAGUCAAUCCAAAAAUUCAAACAAUUUUUACACUGAAAGGUUACAUUUGCUUGAUCCAAUACUGUCAUCAAGGCUGGUGAUGGAGACUGUUGAACAGUAGUUUUUACAAAUUCAUCAAACCAAUGGGUUCGGGUUAGUUUAGGACAACACUGAUCAGGUUUAGGGGUUGUAGGGAUGCAGUUUCCACAGCUAAAUUAUUUAUCAGCAAAAGCAAGUGCACUGACCAGAUGGGGACUUCAGGACAAAAGUACUUAUCCUGUUUUGUUUUGUUUUGUUUAUUUGUGCUAAUAUGAAUUUUUUUAUCGUGGUGUCAUUUACUGUUCAGUCCAUGGCUCAGUCAUCCUACUGUACCAGUCCGCCAAUUACAUGACCGACCACACACUAUCAUGUGCUUAUAUCAUGAAAUUUGAACACAGUAUGUGCAGAAUCAAGAAUGCAUUUGGAAGUGAGAAUAUAGGAAUUGUUCUGACAAUCAGUUUUCUGCCGCUCAUAUGAGACUGGUUCUCAUCAGUGACUCCCUCCAUUUACCUGUGCCAGAGUUCUCGGUGCGGAAACAGCUCUGUAAUAUGGAUAAUUGUCUUGAAAAGUACUAAUAUCUUGGGGCUCUAAGCAUUUAGAUGAUGAGAUGAUCUUGUGCGUACUUUAAAUUCUAAAUUCCAUGAGCAUUUCUCUUUUUUUUGUUCGCUGUGAUUGUAACCUAAGGUUUCAGUGGGUUGGGUUUAUGAGUUAAAUUUCAAAAACUCCCUUGAAGAAAAAAAUACCAUCACUUUUCACUUUAAGCACCUGUUCUGAAAUUUUCAUUUUGAUGUUGUCAAAAAUCUUCCCCACAUUGAAACACAAAGCCAGUUUUGUGCUGAAUAUUGGGGAAUCUGAAGCUCUGUGAUUUGCUUGGUUCUGUGCGCUGUUUCCAACAGUGAAGUUUGACUGUACCAUGCUGGCAUACAGGCAAGCACGACUUUUUUUGUAAAGAAUAAUACACAUACAAUUGCAUUGAAACAAAAUCAGAGUGAAAAUUCAAAUGCA